UUCAGAGAGGAAGGAUCAUGGGAAGAGUACGUGCCUAACUUUGGCCGUUUCGUGUGUUCUUGAGGCUGCAGCAUGACUCACGCGAAGGCUGUGGUGUGUUUAAAGCUGCUGCUGUUUCUUCAUGUUGUCGCUCAGUUCCGGGACGGUGGACAGCAGCAGUGGCCCGUUCCCUACAGACGGUUUGAUCGUCGCCCUGCCGUGGACUCUUACUGUGAAGCUCUCUACCCGUUCUGUCCCACUGGAGACCGAGAUGGACGGAUCCCCUACAUGAGAGACAGCGACGUCAUCUCGGUUUACCGACUGCAAACGCCUGUGUGGGAGUUCAAGUAUGGAGAUUUGCUGGGGAAAUUUCACAUCAUGCAUGACGCCGUUGGGUUCAGCAGCUCAGAUACGGGGGCCAACUACACCAUGGAGUGGUAUGAGCUCUUUCAGCUGGGUAACUGCACCUUCCCUCACCUCAGACCCGAGGCGCCUGCACCUUUCUGGUGCAACCAGGGAGCCGCCUGUUUCUUUGAAGGCAUCGAUGACUUACACUGGUCACAGAACGGCACCUUGGAGAAACUAGGAGAGAUCACAGGCAGCCAGUUUAACGACAUGGCCCAGUGGGUCCAGGACGACAACGAGACUGGGAUCUACUAUGAGACAUGGACGGUUCGCUCUGACCCCGGCCCGAAUGCCAGCGUGUGGUUCGAGUCUUACGACUGCUCCCAGUUUGUCCACCGCACAUACAGGAAACUGACGGAGCUGGGGGCCAAACUGUCCAGCAGAACUCAAACCAAUUACACCAAGAUCUACCUGUACAGCGGAGAGCCCACCUUCCUCGGCAACGACAGCGCCAUAUUUGGACAGCCUGCCCUAAAGAAUCUGGCAGUGGACAUCCAGAAAUUUUACCACACGUUCCGACCACACCAGUCGUUUAUAGACUUUGCCAUCAGUCUGUUGGAGGCUUACAAAAAGGUCGUGUUGGACAAGAGCUUCUAUCUCUACUACAACUUUGAGUAUUGGCAUCUGCCAAUGAAGCCUCCCUAUGUGCAGAUUACAUAUGAAGAGGUGCCUUUGCCUUAAGUGAAACCUUCACUACUGUGUCUUCAUCAGUGGCUGCCAAUAAUAAUUCUUUUCAUUAAUAAUGAAUCUGUUUUUUGUUUCUGUGUUUCUUGCUUCUUGAUUAAAGGACUGUCCAAAAGACAAAGAUAUUAAUACUAAUAAUAAAAAACAGA